AUGGCGGCUAUGGCAGGAAGACUGUCAAAACAGCAGCUCUUUCUGUCCGAGGGUCUGGGUUCCAGCCAGAAUGCUGUGAAAUAUUUGGACCAGGACUUUGAGACCUUAAGGAAACAAUGCUUGGAGUCAGGAACUUUAUUUAAGGACCCAGAAUUCCCAGCUUGUCCCUCAGCUUUGGGAUAUAAGGAUCUGGGGCCAUACUCUCCUCAAACCCAAGGGAUUAUCUGGAAACGGCCUACGGAGUUGUGUCCUGACCCUCAGUUUAUUAUUGGUGGAGCUACUCGAACAGAUGUUCGUCAGGGUGCCCUUGGUGAUUGCUGGCUCCUGGCAGCCAUUGCUUCCCUGACCUUGAAUGAAGAGCUCCUUUACCGAGUGGUUCCCAAAGAUCAGAGCUUCCAGAAGAACUAUGCAGGAAUCUUUCAUUUUCAGUUCUGGCAGUACGGAGAAUGGGUGGAUGUUGUCAUCGAUGACAGGCUACCCACCAGAAAUGGGAAUUUGCUCUUUCUUCACUCAGAAGAAGGCAGAGAGUUCUGGAGUGCCCUGAUGGAGAAAGCCUAUGCCAAGCUUAAUGGGUCUUAUGAAGCUCUCACUGGAGGGUCCACAGUGGAGGGAUUUGAAGAUUUCACUGGAGGAAUCUCAGAGUUUUAUGAUUUGAAGAAGCCUCCAUCCAAUCUGUAUCAAAUCAUCAGGAAGGCUUUGCGUUCUGGAUCACUGCUUGGCUGCUCCAUCGAUAUCACCAAUGCAUCAGAAUCGCAGGAAAUCACCAGCCUGAAGCUGGUGAAGGGGCACGCUUAUUCUGUCACUGGAGUUGAAGAGGUUAAUUACCAUGGCUGCCUUGAAAAGCUAAUCCGUCUAAGGAAUCCGUGGGGUGGGACAGAGUGGACAGGAGCAUGGAGUGACAGUGCACCAGAAUGGAAUGACAUAGAUCCCAGGCAGAAGAAAGAACUGGACAAGAAAGCUGAAGAUGGAGAGUUUUGGAUGUCAUUUUCAGAUUUCCUGAGGCAAUUCUCUCGGCUGGAGAUCUGUAAUUUGUCUCCUGACUCUUUGACCAGUGAGGAGAUCCACAAAUGGAACGCGACACUGUUCAACGGCCGCUGGAUCAGGGGCUCCACAGCUGGGGGCUGCCAGAACUAUCCAGCUACAUACUGGACCAACCCCCAGUUCAAGAUUCGAUUGGAUGAAGCAGAUGACCACCAUGAAGGGAACCCAACUGAGCCCUCCUGCACAGUGCUGCUGGGUCUGAUGCAGAAAAACCGAAGGAGAAAGAAGAGGAUAGGACAAGGGAUGCUCAGCAUUGGCUAUUCCCUUUACCAGAUCCCUAAAGAGCUGGAGAACCACACUGAAGUACAUCUGAGCCAGGACUUCUUCUUGGGACAUCAGCCUGCUGCUCGAACCCCAGCCUACUUUAACCUUCGAGAAGUUUCUAGCAGGAUCCACCUCCCUGUGGGAGAGUACCUGGUGGUGCCGUCAACCUUUGAGCCAUUCAAGGAUGGAGAAUUCUUCUUGAGGAUAUUCUCAGAGAAAGAAGCUAAGUCCCUGGAAAUCGGAGACAAGGUAGCUGGAAACCCAUAUGAGCCACAUCCCAGUGAGGGAGGUCAAGCAGAAGACCAGUUCAAGAGUCUUUUUGAGAAGCAUGCUGGGGAGGAUUCUGAAGUCACUGCCAAUGGACUCCAAACUAUUCUGAAUAAUUUCUUUUCUAAACGAACAGACGUGAAAUUUGAUGGAUUCAACAUCAAUACCUGCAGAGAAAUGAUCGGCCUUUUGGAUAAUAAUGGGACAGGCACUUUGGGACGUGAAGAACUCAAGACAUUAUGGCUGAAGAUUCAGAAAUAUUUGGAGAUUUACCAGGAAGUCGAUAUUAACCACUCAGGGACCAUCGAUGCCCAUGAGAUGAGAAUGGCUUUCAAGAAAGCAGGUUUCACCUUGAACAACCAGGUACAGCAGGCAAUUGCUGUGCGCUAUGGGGGCAGCUCUCUCAGCAUUCACUUCGACAGCUUCAUUGCCUGCAUGAUGCGUCUCGAGAGUCUAUUCAAAAUAUUCAGUCUCUUGGACAAGGACCACAGUGGCACUGUCCAGCUCUCUCUGGCAGAGUGGCUGUGUUGUGUGCUAGUCUGAACCAACAUCUUGGAUACCUCUGAAGCUCCUAGUCUGGAAGCCUCCUUCCACUCUCUUCCUUCACCUCACUUCACUCAAAUUUCAGACUCAAAUCAUCAAAUUAAUCUGUUUUUACCAUAGCAAGUUUAUUUUGAACCACUAUCCCAGAGCCAUGUUGCUACAUAUUCUCUUUCCCCUUCCCCUUUUCCCCCCAGGAUUCUAAGGGCACUUUGGAGGGCUUUGGGGGAUGCCUUCUCUGCCAUCAUUGGCUUGAGCCCCCACUGAUUAUAUUUUCCCUAUCC